UAGUGUGCGUGUGUGUAUAUGAGAGGUGGGAGCGCCGCGCGCGUGUGCUGGGGCGGCGGGGAUGGCAGAGAAGAGGAGAAGCUCGCCCUGCAGCAUGCUGAGCCUCAAGGCUCACGCUUUCUCUGUGGAAGCGCUGAUCGGCGCGGAAAAGCAGCAGCAACAGCAAUUGCAGAAGAAGCGGAGGAAGCUGGGCGGAGACGACGCCGUGACCGCCGCGGAAGGAGGCGGUAGCGGCAGCGGCGGUGGAUGCGAAAAAGGCUCGGUGGAGGGAGCCGAAGGCGCCUCUGUACCGCCGCCGCCAGGGGCCGGAGCAGGGACUGGCGCGGGGUCCCUGUCUGCCCGGAGUUGCGCGGAGAUGGAGCGGACCUGCGGUUCCCGAGGACCUGCCGGCGGCUGUGAAGACGGUUUCCAGCCCGGAGCCUCCCCAGCCAUGUCCCCGGGAGCCUCUCCGAAAGGGUCCCCAGUUCCUCCGCCUGCCCCUCUCCCGGUACUGCCUCAGGCCGGGUCCCCGCUACCCUCCCCGCAGGCACCCCGGGUGGAUCUUCAAGGCGCAGAGCUGUGGAAACGCUUCCACGAGAUCGGCACAGAGAUGAUCAUCACCAAGGCCGGCAGGCGGAUGUUUCCUGCUAUGAGAGUGAAGAUCUCUGGUCUAGACCCACAUCAACAGUAUUAUAUUGCAAUGGACAUUGUGCCAGUGGACAAUAAGAGAUACAGGUAUGUUUAUCAUAGCUCCAAAUGGAUGGUGGCAGGUAAUGCUGACUCACCUGUGCCACCUCGAGUUUACAUCCAUCCUGAUUCACCAGCUUCAGGGGAGACUUGGAUGCGGCAAGUGAUUAGCUUUGACAAGCUGAAGCUUACCAAUAAUGAGCUGGAUGACCAAGGACAUAUUAUUCUUCACUCUAUGCACAAAUACCAACCACGGGUGCAUGUCAUUCGCAAAGACUGUGGAGACGAUCUUUCUCCUGUCAAGCCUAUUCCAUCAGGGGAAGGGGUUAAAGCAUUCUCAUUUCCUGAAACUGUCUUUACCACUGUCACUGCCUACCAGAAUCAGCAGAUUACACGACUGAAAAUUGACAGAAACCCCUUUGCCAAAGGAUUUCGCGAUUCUGGCCGUAACCGAAUGGGUUUGGAAGCUUUAGUAGAGUCAUAUGCAUUCUGGAGACCCUCCCUAAGGACUCUCACAUUUGAAGAUAUCCCAGGAAUACCCAAACAAGGAAACACAGGCUCAUCUACCUUACUUCAAGGUUCUGGCAAUGGAGUCCCUACCACCCACCCUCAUCUUUUAUCAGGUUCUCCUUGUUCUUCUCCUGCCUUCCACCUUGGGCCAAACACAAGCCAGCUAUGCAGCCUGGCACCUGCCGAUUAUUCUGCCUGUGCCCGUUCAGGCCUCACCCUCAACCGGUACAGCAGCUCUCUGGCUGAAACCUACAACAGGCUCACUAACCAGACCAGUGAGACCUUUGCCCCACCAAGGACCCCUUCUUACGUUGGAGUUACCAGCAGUACAACCGUGAACAUGUCCAUGGCUGGCAACGAUGGAGACACAUUCAGUUGUCCACAGACCAGCUUAUCUAUGCAAAUUUCAGGGAUGUCUCCCCAGCUCCAGUAUAUCAUGCCUUCACCAUCUGGCAAUGCCUUUGCCACCAACCAGACCCACCAAGGCUCUUACAACACUUUCAGGUUACAUAGCCCCUGUGCUUUGUAUGGAUAUAACUUCUCCACAUCCCCCAAACUGGCUGCCAGUCCUGAGAAAAUUGUUUCUUCCCAAGGAAAUUUCUUGGGGUCCUCCCCGAGUGGGACCAUGACCGAUCGGCAGAUAUUGCCUCCUAUGGAAGGAGUGCACUUGUUGAGUAGUGGGGGUCAGCAGAAUUUCUUUGACUCUAGAACCCUGGGAAGCUUAACACUGUCAUCAUCUCAAGUGUCUGCACAUAUGGUUUGAUGGAGCCUUUAAUCAAAAUGUAACUUUUUUCUAGUAUAUUUUCUGUUCUUAGCCGUACGGAAAGACUAUCGUUUUGUGACUUGUAUAAUGUGUAUAUAAUAGAAGAGGAAGGUACAGUGAACCUUUGAAUUUGCUCAUGGUGAGAUAAUAUAUAUAUAUAUAUAUAUAUAUACAUGUUAUAUUUCCAUGCUGUGUAUACAUAGCCUUUUGAGUUAUUCAGGCUAUACAACUGCAGCCUCCAUCUGGCAAUCCCGUUGUACAAAGCGUUUGCAAUGUAUACAACAUAUUAAGCUCAAAUUCCAAAACUUUUUUAAACACAAAAUGAUAUAUUUAAAGACUGGCCCUGAUAACUAAACAUUUUUAACUUAAUUUAUCAGAAAAAUUCUCUAAACAUUUGUUACACCUGUGUUGAUAAUCUACUACUUAUGACUGCUGUUAUUCUUAGAGAUUUGGAAGGUGUGGAGAUCUUAAGUGCAGAAGGUCACUCAAAGACAACAUCAUACAUUCUGAGCUAUCCAUAAGAGUAGAAUAGCUUUCUUUCUUUGACUUUGUUCUUAUUCAGCAGGGCUAGCAUGGAAUCUUGGAAAACAGCCUGGUAUAGUAAAUAGAUGGGGCUGCCUCGAGUGUCAGACGAUCUGGGUUCAAGUGGUACCUGUGAUGUGUAUUUACUAUGUGACCACAGGCAAGUCAUGUAAUCUCUCCCUACACAUUUCUCUGAAACUAUAAGUUAUAGAUAAAUCUCACGUCUGUAGUGGAAUUCCUAUACUGUGAAUCCCCCAUACGAAUGAAACUACAAAUCUAGGCCAAAAAAAAUUUUUUUUAAUCCUAUGACCUAAAGUCCUUUGUGAUACUGCUUCUUGGAAAACCAGCAACAUCACUGCAUUAAAAAAAAAGAAAAUUAAGGAUUUGUUUUCAUUUUCAUUGCUCAGCAAGCAUAUUAGUGAUUCUUAUUCCUCUACAGAGAAUGCAUUUGUAGUUAUUUUAAUUUUUGCUCAAGUAUUACCUAAUUCUACAAUCAAGGAGACUGAAAUAUGUCUGUGUCCAGUUGUCUUCCAAAGUAUAUGGCACUCAUAUUUUGAUUUUCACUAGAGAAUGCAAUAUUUUAAUCCUAGUAAAAUGAGAAAGCGAGAGAGAGAGAGAAUACUUAUUUUUAAUAAUUUAAAUCCAGCUCCACAUUCCCAUGAUUCUAAUAAUGAAAUACAGGAAAUCUCUAUUUUAAAUCAAAAGGAUUAAUGUUGUCAGUUUCCCCCUUAGCUGUGCUUGGGUCAGGGGUGUGAGGGUCUCUCUUGCUUUGGGAUCUCACUACUAAUUGCCUAGGUUGGAAUUCUUGACCUAAGGUAUAUAGAUGAGGGGAGGGAGGUUAUGGUUUUUAUUUAUAACAUAGUGUCUUCUAACUCCUACGGCUUGGACACUCGCCCUUGUAAGCUGCCCUCUGUCAGAGUCUUUUCCUGUGUAAAUUGAUAUGCUGCCUUUUGGGUUUUAAAUAACACUACAAAGAAUUUCUGUGGGUCAUCUCCAUGAAUCUGCCUUUUGGAGUCUCUCCUGGCAUACUAAAUAAUAAGGAAUUUCACUGGAGGAAUUGUAAAGCCAUUUCAUCUUAACAUUUUCAAUGCUAAGGGAAUUUUUAACCUGAAAACCAAGAAAAAUGCAGAGUUAGCUUUGACUCCUCUCUCCCCAUUUUGUAUGUAGAUCUGGGGGGAGGUUGUAAAGCAAAUUACUUUAAUACUCUUAUCACAAGACAAAUGAAAUUAGCUGUAUAGGGAGAGCCGUAUUCCUGACCACUCGUUGAGAAAAUGAAACAAAACAAAACAAUUGGACCUUUAUGGACAUUUCAUAUGUGUCAGGCUAACAAUGCUAUGAGUUUAUUAUGCCUCUGCACUGAAUUAAUUGGUUGAAUUCAGAACUUCUUAACCUUUUCGGCAAUCUGGUGAAGCCUUUGAACCCUUCUCAGAAUGAUGUUUUUAAGUGUACGAAAUGAAAUACAUAGAAUUAUAA